AUGAUGGAAUCAAAUUCAACAAUUGUUCAAAUGAAUAAUGAUGAGAAAAUUUAUUACGAGAAAGUGGAUGAAUAUAUUAAUUCAUUAGAUAAAAAGUUUCGUGAAAAAUGUGUUAUCAAACAACAAGGUUACGAUGAUAUCCUGAAAUGCUUACUAUUACCAAAAGCUGGUAUUGAUAUUGUUGCUUGUAUUAAAUCAAAAAAACCAAUUUGUGUUUAUGAAGCAUUUUAUAAUGUUAUAAAUGAGGCGCACGCUGCUGUCUCACAUGGUGGUCGUGAAAAGACUUAUUUUGAAUCAAAUUCGCAAUAUUCGUGGAUUCCUCGAUUUUGUGUUGAAAUAUUCUUAAAACAAUGUCUACCAUUUGCAACAAAAUUACGUGAUUUAUUUUUUACUUUUGGACCACCACGAAUACUUCAUAGUGAUAAUGGCCGUGAAUUUAUUUCGAAUGUUAUUACAGAAUUAAAAAAUCUAUUUCCAGAUUUAGUUUUUAUUCGAGGAAGACCAAGACAUCCACAAAGUGAAGGAUGCAUCGAAAGAGCAAAUGGAAUUUUAUGUGAGGCUCUCGGCGAAUGGAUGUGCACUAAUGAUUCUACAAGUUGGUCUUUUGCUCUAGCAUCAGUUAUUUAUGGUCUUAAUACAAGAAUGUCUUCUGUAACUAAAGCAACACCAUAUGAAGUGAUGUUUGGACAACAACCUCGCUCUGAUUCUGAUUUUUGGAAGUUAAUUCAACAGAACGGUGUCGAAGAUGAAGAAAACUUACCAACUCCAGUUGCUGAAUUAAAUAAUGAAUUAAAUGAUGAAUUAAAUGAUGAAUUAAAUGAUGAUUUAAAUGAUGAUCAAGGUGAUAGUUUAAUUCAUUUCGACAAAGGUAUUGAUGCUGACGUAGUUGAUCUUGACAAAUUAUCUAAUGAUGCUGUUUCUUGUUCAUUAUCUAACACACCAUCAACACCUAGAUCGUCAUCAAUUACCGAAAAAACACCAAAAAAACAUGAUUUGGUUCGUAAAAUCGCGACAGAUAAUUAUUUAACAACUGCUAAUAAAAAAAUGAAAUUAUAUCGAGAUAGUUUAAAUCUUAUUGCUAAUAAUUUUAAUAUAAAUGAUUGUGUUGGUAUUGCAAUUCAUACGGUUUAUAGAACAAAUACCGAUCCAAAAUAUUUACGAUGUUUAAUUAUUGAAAAAAACGAAAAAAAUAAUAUUUCUUUAUAUAAAUUAAUUUGUCAAUAUGGUAUUUUACAAAACACAUUUGAAGCCGGACAAUUUAUGAAUUUAAAAGAUGCUUGUCCCAAUGAAUUGAAACAAAUUUAUGUUAGUACUUUAAAGCCAAUCACCAUCAUUGAAGCUUCAAAACUUUAUUCUCGUGGUUCUACAACUGGCCGAACUUGUAAUUGUCAGGGCAAAUGUGCAACAAAAUCAUGUCCAUUAGUAUUUUCUUAA